AAAGAUGUGAAUGUGGCGCGCCAGUAAACACGUUUCAGUUGUUAAAGCAUAUUUUUUCAGAGUUUUACUGUGAAUGACAGCACCAGAAACAAUAAAUGAGUUAUUAAGUAAAGAUAGAUGAAUAUCGAAUCGCUCGAAAAUACAAACUACUGAAAUGUGGAAACUUCAACCAACAGAAUCUGGAGGGGACAGCUUAUUUCUACUCUCUGGUCAGACGUAUGUGGUCGGCCGUAAGAACUGUGAGAUACUGCUGUCCAAUGACCAGUCCAUCAGCCGUGAGCAUGCCCGCCUCAUUGUCACUGAGCAGGGAAUCUCGUUGAAAGAUAGCUCGAAAUAUGGCACUUUCGUCAAUGACGAGAAGCUCAAGACUGGCUCCACGAAGAGCCUGCAAACUGGAGACAGAGUCACAUUUGGGGUCUUCCAAAGCAAGUUCAGGUUGGAGAAAGAGUCUAUUGUGGUCUGUUCUUCGUGCGUUGAUAAUGAACGGAAGGUCUCCCUCUCUCAGGACGUCCGCUCCAUAGGGGGGCGUCUGGUCAGCUCGUGGACACUUGACUGCACACAUCUCGUCAUGCCCACUGUAAAGGUCACCAUAAAGACAAUCUGUGCCUUGCUGUGCUGUCGACCUAUAGUAAAGCCGGAAUUUUUCAGUGCAUUUAGCAAAGCUGUACAGCAAAAACUGCCUUUGCCUAAACCUGAGAGAUUUAGGCCUCCGGUUGAUGAGCCCACCCUGACUAAAGAGGAUCUGGACCUGGGCGCUCGGCCUGAGAGAAAGAGUCUCUUCAAAGGGAAAACAUUUGUGUUCUUCAACUCAAAACAGAUGAAACGUCUAAGUCAGGCAGUGAGUUGUGGAGGUGCCGUGAGUCAGCUGUUGGAGGAGGGCUCUUUGCCUCUUUCGCUCCUGGAGUCAAGCAGUACUUGUGUGGUGGACAUGAUAUCUGGCAACUCGCAAGCUCUGAUCCCUCCCACCACCAAGAAAUGGGUGGAGUCUGUGGCACAGAUUCUGCAGAGAAAAGGCUUGCGCUUUAUCACAGAAUCUGAGAUUGGAUUGGCUGCCAUUCAUUUAAGUAAUCAAACAUACUGCAAUCCUUGCUCAUCUAUACAUUCUGAAUUGGUCAAAAAGAAGGCCGUCAUGGCUUCAGAGACACUUUCUCAGAACACUGCUGUGGAUGAGACGGCUCUCGCAGCACCUUCCCAGAACAUCACAGCCUAUGUGGUCAACACUGAGGUCUCACAUGACCAAAGCAGGAUAGAUACAAGUGGAAUCAGUGCUGUAAGUGAGACUCCAGAGAAGACACAUCCAGCACAAAGGGCUUUACAGCUUUCCACAUUGUCAAAAAGCAGUAAACCAUCCCUCGGCCCAGAACGUUCAGCUUCUCGCAUAAUCACUGAGACAGUGAUGUCACCAGAGAGCUCCAGUGGGGCUGAACCUGAGCAGAGGUCGAAGACCGGUUUUGCUUCUUCAGGCAGGGGUCUAGAUGGCUCUUUGAAAUUGACAACUCCUCUAAAACAGUCUUCACAGAAACAGUCGGCUUUCACACACUAUUUCCAGCCUGUGAGCAAGAAAAGAUCGCGUGAAGACAGUGCCAGUUUGGUCCAGUCAGAGGCCAAAAUCUCCAGAAAAGACGAUGAGGACAAAGAGGAUGAGAUGAUGAAGAAUUCUGCUUCUUUAUAUGCCCAGCAAAGUUCUCACAAAACCUCAAGUACGGCCCAAAACCAGCGUAACUUAAGUGCCAGUCUGGGUAUGGGCUUAAAUCACAGUGUGGCCCAACCAGGAAAGGAUUGUGGGUCCACUCAAAGUUCUGGCAGCAAAAAGAGAAAAGAACCAGAGCAGGAUGUCCCAUCAGGCCAAGAAGAAGAAGCUGUUGAUUUAGACCUGUCACUUGAAGAGCUCGAGUAUAUCAUGUCUGAGGAGAUGGAUGGGCCUUUGCAGAUUACAGCCAAUAAAAAACAAUGUCUCGAGUCAGGAAGGAGCAGCGUGGCCAACAACCCUCAAUUACCCAAUCAGCGAAACAGCAAGAUGAAUCAGCAAAUUUGUGCCAGCAACUUGCAGUUGGAUAGAAAAGGCCCGGCUGUAACAAAUCAGGUCUCUGAGAGGCAGUCAGAGAGGUCGUCCAAUCAAGCUCCAAAUUCGGAGCUGGAAACGCAUAGUUUAGCCAUUAGGGUGAAAAGGCCGGAAACAGAUGUCAAGGAGGAGGAGGUGUCCUUUGUUGUGACUUCAAGGACCCAAAAUGGGGUUUCUCAGGACUGUGAAGCUGUAGCCAAACAGGAAGUGAAGACCUCAGUGUCUCUGUCUGGAACCAAGAAUGACCCUGAGUUACCCCAGAGGCUUGCACAGAUUGAAUUUAUGUCCCUGACUGUGAGCAACUCCUCCAGAUCAAGACCCAUCCCACUACAGACCCACAACCCCAAUGGCAAGAAUGUCAAAAGGUUCUGCAAGACAUCCGUCCCUGGUUUAAAAGGGCUGCCCAAUAUUAUCGGAGGUUCUGAUUUGGUGGCUCACAAUCGCAGCAAGAACUCUGAAUUGGAGGAGUGGCUCAGGCAUGCUGCUGAGGAAGAAAAACAGAAUGAACAAGAAGAGACUUUGAGUGAUGAUUUGUUCAGGUACAACCCUAGAACUACCAGGAGAUAAUAGUUCAUAAAGCUGCUUUUCUCUUUGAAGACAAGUUCUGCAUUGUCAUAUAGCCCUUGUUUGGCAGUUCCACAGUAAUAAUGGCUGAGCUUUGAAUGUCCUAAACCCCACAUGAAAUGAUUUGCAAAGAAAAAAACGGUUUGAUUUUUAUAAGAGGUUUAUUUGUCUAUAAUAAAAAUACUGUGUACAAAACAUAUGUAUAUUAAAGGUUUUACAAAUCUAAGCAAUCGCAUAUCAUCACACCAACAUUGCAUUCAACUUGUUUUAGGCAGCCUGCUUCACAUCCUUUCAACCGUUCUGCAAUAAAAAGAAUCUGAUUUCAUUAAAGCUUGUUGUCUUAGGAUUUGCGGUUUGUGUGAUCAUAAUUUCGAGUACGUUGUUGAGAUCUUCCAUCUACGAUGUCCUCAUCUGUCUACAUUUGUAAUCUGAAUGGCAGAGGUUUAGAGGUUUUAAUGCCUUUUAAAAUGAUUUUUUGGCAAAACAGAGAAAUAUAAAGUAUAAAGCUUGAUUAUUCCAUGCUGUAAGUGGGAAUCUUUGCAGAAUGUCUUAUCAAGGAAUCAAAUCCUGUAGCAAAUCACUGAAACAGCUUGUAUUCAGUUCAGCUUAAUCUAUUUUACUUGCAAAUGCUAUACGUUCUGAAAAACACUACAGUCACUAAGUGACUGCGUGCAUUUCUAGGCUUUGGCACAAGAUCAAGGUUUGUUUUCAAUUAAAUUCUUACAAUGUGUAUUCCCAAGUUCUUUUCUCUUGCAGAACAUGAACUUUUGGCUAUAUUGCUGGAUUGCACUGGCUCCUGUACAUUGUCAUAACUCUUCUACACACCCUGUAGAAAGAAACCCACUUUGACCUGGGUGCUUGGGAAGCAAUGGAUAAAAGAGGAUGAUAUUAAUUCUGUCUGUUUAAAGUACUAUUCUAUCUUUUGUAUUGUAAUAUAUAGCCAAUUGAACAGAAUGUAAAGAGGAUACUUAAGAAAUCUGGGAUACAUCAAUGUUUCAUGCAAUAAUUAUCUUUGAUUCCCAUUCUAAGAAAUGCAUUGCCUCAAAUGCAGUUGUGAAAUUGUGUGCGUCUUAACAUACACGAAUUGUGAGUUUGUUUGUAUUUCACAGGUAAAGACAAUUUUUAAGAAUUUGUCCUUUCCAAUCUGCUUCUCAUGUAUUGAUUUUUACAGCUCCUUGCAAGUCUCCUCACCUUAGGCACUAUAAUCAUGAUUGGGAGAUUUGCCAUCUAUAUUGUCUUAAACAUCUGUAAGAGCAGAACAACAACAAGGCAAGGGAUAGCAUUUGCAACAGAGGUAAAGCGUACUUCACAUAUACUGGGCAUAUUGGCACGUUACAGACCUGUACAAGCCGUUUGGCAAGACGGUCAACCAAAGACAGUCCUCCAAGCUUCUCUUCAUUUUUAUAAGCUUCUUUUGCAAAUAGUAAGAAAGUCGUAGUUACACCAAAUGUAUUCACCGCAUACAUAAAAACGGGGUGUUACUCGAGGCUUCUUCUGU